CAGAACUCUCAGUUCUAUACUACCUCCUCAACUGCACUCACGCGCAGAAAAAAAGAUAACGCGAUAUAGAUCUUUUUUUUUUCCAAUAAAAGUCACCGCUGCCAAGGAAAUUCCAACCAGAGUCGAAUAAAACUGACCUCUACAAACGAACGCGUCCAUCAUAUUCAAAUUAAAUAUUAUAAAACACGUAGUUUUAAUUAUGUAGAUACAAAUGGGUGAUCAUCAAUUUGAAUUAUGUGCUUGCUGAGUUUAAUUUAAUGUAAACAGAUAUUUAUUAUAGUUACGUGACAUUUAUAGUGUUUAUGUUUUAACUGUUCGUUGGGAGAUGUUCUGCCGUGUUCGAUAAGUUAACGUGCUUGUUUUUCAAAAAGUAUAUCUCUCAUACCAUUAUGGAACGCCACCAAAAUGGUAUGGAUGUGUGGGUAGGUCAGGGCAGGGUUAACCAAUUGGGUGGUUUGUUCAUCAAUGGACGACCUCUGCCGAACCACAUCCGCCUGAAGAUCGUUGAGAUGGCAGCGGCGGGAGUACGGCCUUGCGUCAUCUCAAGACAGUUGAGGGUCUCUCACGGCUGUGUCUCUAAAAUACUCAAUAGAUACCAGGAGACUGGUUCCAUCAGACCCGGUGUAAUUGGUGGGUCAAAACCAAGAGUUGCGACCCCUGAAGUGGAAGCUAGAAUUGAAGAACUCAAAAGACAAAAUCCUGGCAUAUUCUCGUGGGAAAUCCGUGAAAAACUUAUUAAGGAGGGGGUAUCCGAUCCGCCCAGUAUCUCAUCCAUAUCUCGUUUACUGCGAGGCGGCUCUAGAGAUCCAGAUGGGAAGAAAGAUUACAGCAUCGAUGGCAUAUUAGGAGGCCGUGGAUCAGACUCUUCAGAUAUAGAAUCGGAGCCAGGCCUGACCCUUAAGAGAAAACAGCGUAGAUCUCGCACCACGUUUACAGGAGAACAGCUUGACGCGCUUGAGAGAGCUUUUCAUAGAACACAAUAUCCUGAUGUAUACACAAGAGAAGAACUUGCUUUGCAGACUGGCCUUACCGAGGCCAGAAUACAAGUUUGGUUCUCCAAUAGAAGAGCUCGACUACGAAAGCAUACUGGUUCAAAUCCGACUCCUUCACUCGCUAGUUAUUCGACGAUACCAAUGCCGCAGAUACCGUGCCCGUAUCCUGCCGGAGAAAUACCUUCACUAUCUCAACAUCACCCGCAACAUCCGGAUGCCUGGCAUCAUCAAAAGUAUGCCAAUUAUAACCAGCUAAUGGCUCAGUCUCAACAUCUUAACCAAGCUUUUCAAACUGCAGCCUUCCCCAGCACCUCUGGGACUACUUUCAGCCAUUUAGUGACCGGUGCUAGCGCACCAACUCACAGUCAGCUUCUUGAUAGCACUCCAAGAACUGAUUAUCCUCGAUAUCCCACUGAUGUCUACAACAAACCCAUCAGUUAUAUGCCUAAAGAUACGGAAGCGGAAGAUAAGGGAGUGGGAGAAGAAAUAAUAGAGCAACGUGAAGAAGCUUACAUAAAAACAGGUGGAAAUGAAUACAAAGAAUUAGCGACCAGUGAUUAUCCUAAAGUUCCUACUGAUUAUUCUAAGCUUUCUGUUGAUCCUUCCUCCACCAACUGGACUGCAUCUAAUAACUCCUUGAAUAUGAGUCUAUCUGGAUUAUCUAGUGACUAUAAAUAUAUGAGUGACCCUUAUGCUUUUCCUGCUAUCGCGUCGGAUACCCUAAAUCAACAUACCUACACCAAUCCAGGAAAUGCAGCCAAUAAAUACUGGAUUUGACACAACUACCAGAAGGACGAAUAAUUUCAGUUUAAAACCAAUUAAAGACAAAUUUUAUUUUCAGAAUGUUAACCCAAUGCAGUACCUUAUAGUCUAUUAUAAGAUUUAUUUAAAUGUAAAUAAUUGUUAUUAUUAUUUAAAUGAUAUAUUUAAUAUUAUAAGUAUUACUAGUAGAUGAUUAAGUGCAUCUUUAUGCAAUGUUAGUGAACAUUACCUCUUUUUGCAUUCCAUUUAAAGAUACCUAUUUUAAUACCAAAUUUAAUUUUGUAAGUCAUUAGGAAAUAAAUUUAGAAUA